GGGGAUUGCCGUUUCCCCAAGGAGUUUCCGCUUCCGGGCUAUCCUUUGCCGGAAGCAGUAUGUGAAUGACGUAGAAGUAUUGCGCCGUUGGUGAUUACGGAAGAACCAGGAGUUUGGCGUGACCAUGGGGAAGCAAAAGAAAACAAGGAAGUAUGCGACCAUGAAGCGAAUGCUUAGUCUCAGAGAUCAGAGGCUUAAAGAAAAGGAUAGAUUAAAACCUAAAAAGAAAGAAAAGAAGGAUCCCAGCGCAUUAAAGGAAAGAGAAGUUCCCCAACACCCUUCCUGCUUAUUUUUCCAAUAUAAUACACAGCUGGGCCCACCUUACCACAUCCUCGUUGAUACCAACUUUAUCAACUUUUCCAUAAAAGCCAAACUGGACUUAGUGCAGUCAAUGAUGGACUGUCUGUAUGCCAAGUGUAUCCCAUGUAUAACCGAUUGUGUGAUGGCUGAAAUUGAGAAAUUGGGGCAGAAGUAUCGAGUGGCUCUAAGGAUUGCCAAGGAUCCAAGAUUUGAACGAUUACCAUGUACACACAAAGGAACCUAUGCAGAUGACUGCUUAGUACAGAGAGUAACUCAGCAUAAGUGUUACAUUGUGGCCACAGUUGACCGGGACCUUAAAAGAAGAAUCCGUAAGAUUCCUGGAGUUCCUAUCAUGUACAUUUCUAACCAUAGAUACAACAUUGAACGGAUGCCAGAUGAUUAUGGAGCCCCUCGAUUCUAAUUCUUACAAGACACAGUUCCUCUGCCUUUCUUCGACCAACUUUCUCUUGUUGCCAGUUCAUUACACGAAAUGUAGCGGGAUUUUUAAGGAAUCAGAGAGACUGAUGGAGUUCAGGGAGAUAUUUAUUAUUUAGGUGCACCAGCCCAGUCAGAUUAACAUCCAAAGGACUGAACCCUGAACAAAGAGUUAAGUUACCUUUUAAGCAUUUUGUGGGGCCGGGGGGGUUGGGGGGGAAUCUGUGCAGGGGGAAGCAUAUUACAGAAGCAAGAAAGACAGUUAUUCAAUUAACUGAGACAUGCAUUACAUCAUUUCUUACUUUUCAAGGAAAAUCAUGUUUUACGACUUGAGUUUAUCUGUCUAGUUACCUUGCAGCUGCACAGCUAGAGAAACAGGAUAUUUACAAUGCCUGGGAAAGGAGGAGAGAUAAGGCUCACUAGCCACAGAAAAACAGGCAGUUAAUUUUUAAAGGACUCAGCUCUUUCUCUUUCUCACGGGGAAUUGGAUUUUCUUACAUGCAACUGAAUUUCUGCUUACACAUUUUUAAAUUUCUUUUAAUUGCUUUUCCAAUGCAGUAGCAUGAAUUAUUAUUCUGUUGACCUAUUUGCCUUACUAUGAGCUGAGGGUAGUUCAAUAUGCUCGCUCUUUUUUUUUUUUUUUUUUUUUUCUUGAGAUGAAGUUUUGCUCUGUCACCAGGCUGGAGUGCAGUGGCGUGAUCUGGGCUCACUGCAACCCCUGCCUCCCAUCCUUCAAGUGAUUCUCCUGCCUCAGCCUCCCGAGUAGCUGGGAUUACAGGUACACACCACCAUGCUCAACUAAUUUUUCUUUUUUGGGCGGGGGGGUGGGUAUUUUUAGUAGAGACAAAUACUUUUGUAUUUUUAAUACAGAAAAGUAUGCCUCGGCCUCCCAAAGUGCUGGAAUUACAGGCGUGAGCCACCGUGCCUGGCCUGCUCACUUUCUGAUGCUGCUUUUUUGUUGUUUGUUUGUUUAUUUGUUUGUUUUGAGACGGAGUCUCGCUCUGUCACCAGGCUGGAGUGCAGUGGCGCGAUCUCGGCUCAUUGCAACCUCCGCCUCCCAGGUUCAAGCGAUUCUCCUGCCCCAGCCUGCGGAGUAGCUGGGACUAUAGGUGCGUGCUACCACGUCCAGCCACUGAUGCUGUUUUGCCACUGAUGCUGUUUUGAAAUUGAUAUUUUGUCUCAUAAAAAUUAGGCCAGGCAUGGUGGCUCAUUCCUGUAAUCCCAGCACUUUGGGAGGCCAAGGUGGGUGGAUCACCUGAGGUCAGGAGUUGGAGAUGAGCCUGGACAACAUGGCAAAACCCCACCUCUACUAAAAAUACAAAAAAAAUUAGCUGGGUAUGGUGUCACGUGCCUGUAAUCCCAGCCACUGGGGAGGCUGAGGCAGGAGAACCUCUUGAACCCAGGAGGUGGAGGUUGCAGUGAGCUGAGAUUGCGCCACUGCAUUCCAGCCUGGGUGACAGAGUGAGACUGUCUCAAAAAAAAAAAAAAAAAAAAUUAAUGAUGGUCAAAGGGUAUAAAAUCUCAGACAGGAAGAAUAUGUUUUAUGCUUUUUUUGAGUUCUGUUGUACAGUGUGGUGCCUAUACUUAAUAAUGGGGUAUUAUACAUUUCAAAAUUGAUCUCAUCACAGAAAUGUAUUUGAAGUAUUGCAUAUGUUAACUAGCUUGAUUUAACUAUUCCAUAUUGUAUCCACAAUUUAUGAUAUCACUUUGUAACCCAUACAUUUAUACAAUUACAAAUUGUCAAUUUACAAUAAAAAAUUUUUGUUGCAUCUUUUUAGAAAUCAGA